AUGCAUUUCGAACAACUACCAGAUGAAUUACUACUAUUUAUAUUUGGUUAUCUACAAAAGUUUGAUCUGUUAUACGCAUUCAAUCAGCUGAAUUGGAGGUUUGAGCAAAUUCUCGAAUCAUAUUCCCAUACAAUUGACCUAACAUACAAAAAUAAACCUUCGUAUCGACAAUUUUGUCUAUUUUUCGAGUAUAUUCUUCCUUUAUACAGAGAAAAUAUUCGAGUUCUAAAGAUCAGUGGACAACAUCAACUUCAACUUCUAAAAGAUCGAGUCCACUCGUUCUACAAUCUACAAACAUUAAUAAUAGACGACGACGACGACGACGAAGAAGAAGAUGAACAUAAUUUUUUUCAUGAAGCCUUUCAAAUACCUUCAUUAACAUCACUCACAGUUUCAUUUGCCAAUGACAAUGUAUUAACCGUGCUUUGUGAUUCAGAAUUGCCACAAUUAAUUGAUUUGAACUUAUUUUAUUUUCGUGGUUUAUCCGAUAUUAAUGAAGAAGUUUCACGGAUGCCAACUUCGAUCACGCAUCUACAAAUUUCUUUGGCUUCUGUUACACCUUUGUCUAAACUAUUCAAACUGAUGCCACAUUUGAUAUCGAUAGACUUACUAAUGAUCACCUUCGAUAAUUUGCAAUCAAAUAAUUCAUGGGAACUUCCAGAAAAGUUAGAAGAACUUUACUUACAAUUUGGUCAGUACAAAGAUGAAGAUGAACCUGAAGUUCAACCGAAAAUAAAUGUAAUAAAAAUGUUUCUUGAAUUCUUUAAAGAAAAACUACGAGCACUCACAUUAAUAGUAAUAAAUGCUGAACCACAAUUUUCCAAUUUCGACAAACUAAACAAUUUAAUUUCUAACUUCGAUCAUCUUCAAACUUUCAAAUUUUCCAUUCAUACUUUAUACAAACCAACAUCGUCGUACUUUCCGUACGUUCAAACGCUUCGCAAUUCGAACUACUUACUUUCUACGAUACCCAUUCCACAGCCUCGGAACGCUUUCAAAAAGUGUCAACCAUUACUACAAUACACACCGACCUCACUAACAUUUGAAGAGGUUUACAAGUCACAGGAUCUUUACAAUUGUCAACACUUACGAAUUCAUGCUUAUAAUGAACUUGUACCUAACAAACUUCAAUUAUCAGAUAAAAUAAGAUUUUCAAAUCUCAAGAGAAUUGAUUUCUAUCAUAUUGAAACUCUCAAAAUAGAUGUGCUUUCGUUCAUAUCACUACUUUUACAACAUUCUACAAAUGUCAGUUUGUUACUCGUAACAACGACGAAUACUGAAAAAGCUAUCAAACAAAUCGAACAGGUUAUCGUGCCGCUAUCAAAAGCAAGGAAAAAACAGAUCACGCAUUUUGAAUUGAGUUUAUUUUCCGAUGAAGAUGAACAAGGAGCUAUUACGAAUUACCAUUAUCAUUCGACAUUUUUCUUAGAACUAUCAAAACUUGGUCUAUCAAAAAGUUUGAGAACGUUGAAAUUCUAUUCAAAACAAUUGUUUAUCGCUGAUAAUUAUUAUAGAACUCUAUGUGAAUUUAUCAAUGUUGUCAGAAGAGAUUUUAAGAAAUUAACAAAUUUGACAGUGGAAAUGCGUUCAAUUAAAAACGUACAAGAAUACAAUGAAUUCCAACGCUUCAAAGACGAACUAUAUGAACUGAAAAAGACGAUGUACUAUACAGAAAAGUUACAAAAUAAUUCUUAUGUUAUUAGUUUUUGGCUUUAA